AUGUCCGCCAACGAGGGCUCGCGCCCACGCAUCACGGUCAAGCUGCGUCCCAAUGCUGGGGCCAGUGCGUCCACAUCCGCUGCUGCGUCUCGCGCUCAGAGCUCUCGAGGGACGCCCGUGAGCCGCCGUGCUGACGACGACGACGAUGAGGGUGGCGAGCAGGCGUUCGCCCUCGAUGAUGGGUUCGUGUCGGACGACUCGGGCGACGAAUACGGCAGCAGCAGGAGAACAGGCCGAGGCGCAGCAGCCACCGCCAAAAAGGGAAAGGCCGCAGACGCAGGACGUGCGGCUCCCACCAGUGCCAUCGCCCGCCAGCAUCCUCUCUCCGGAGCCGCGCCUCGCUUCAACGGCCCUGCCAUGGACGAGGACGACGAGCAGGAGCGCUACGAGUCGGGCGAGCUGCGCUUCCACACGCGCGACUUUACCAAGAUGCCGCUCAAGCUCGAUCACGCCAGCAGGCCGCUCUGGAUCUCGCCCGACGACGGCCACAUCAUCCUCGAGGGCUUCAGCCCACUUGCCGAGCAGGCGCAGGACUUUCUCAUCGCCAUCGCAGAGCCCGUCAGCCGCCCCGCGUACAUCCACGAAUACAAGCUCACGCCCUACUCGCUCUACGCCGCCGUCUCGGUGGGUCUGCAGCCCAACGACAUCAUCGAGGUGCUCAACCGACUCUCCAAGGUGCCCGUGCCCGAUGCCGUGCUCGACUUUAUCCGCGAAUACACGGCAAGCUUCGGCAAGAUCAAGCUCGUGCUCAAGCAGAACAAGUACUUUGUCGAGAGCGCGCAUCCCGAGAUCCUCCAGACGCUGCUGCAGGACAGCAUCAUUGGUGCGGCGCGCGUGCGUGAGGAUCCGAAUGCGGCGAGGUCGGGGCGCAUGGAGGUGCUUGGCAAAGCGCAGGCUCCCACGCGCGGCGACCUGGUGAUUCCAGGUACAGAGGGCGCAGCGCGCAAGGCGAGACAGGCGGCGGGUAAUGCCGCGCAAGCUCCUGGGGCGGCUGGGGCUAGUGGCAGCGGCGCGAGCGGAUCCGGGCCCCAGCCCGAGAGCGCCGAUGCGGCACGUCGCGAGGAUGAGGCGGACUUGUUUUCGGCCAUCAUCGGCGUGGACGAGGCGGACGAGCUGGACGAGGACGACACGGUGCACAGCUUCGAGAUCGUCGAAGAGUGCAUCGAGCAGGUCAAGAAACGGUGCAACGAGAUCGGCUAUCCGAUGCUCGAGGAGUACGACUUCCGCAACGACCAGCUCAACGCCGACCUCGAGAUCGAUCUCAAGCCCAUCACUCACAUCCGGCCGUACCAGGAGAAGAGUCUAGCCAAGAUGUUUGGUAACGGCCGUGCGCGAAGCGGCAUCAUCGUGCUUCCGUGCGGUGCGGGCAAGACGCUCGUUGGCAUCACGGCGGCGUGCACCAUCAAGAAGAGCUGUUUGGUGCUGUGCACGAGCAGUGUGAGCGUGAUGCAGUGGCGGCAGCAGUUUUUGCAGUGGAGCAACAUCCAGGACAACCAGAUCAGCGUCUUCACCGCCGAUCAGAAGGAAAAGUUCUCGGGCGCAUCGGGCAUCGUGGUGUCGACCUACUCGAUGGUCGCCAACACGGGCAAGCGGUCGCACACGUCGCAGAAGAUGAUGAACUUUCUCGAGUCUCGCGAGUGGGGAUUCAUCUUGUUGGACGAGGUGCACGUCGUGCCGGCGAGCAUGUUCCGACGCGUGCUGACCAAGAUCAAGGCGCACUCGAAGCUAGGCUUGACGGCGACGCUGGUGCGCGAGGACGAAAAGAUCGACGAGCUCAACUUCCUCGUGGGGCCCAAGCUGUACGAGGCCAACUGGAUGGAUCUGGCGGCCAAGGGCCACAUUGCGACGGUGCAGUGUGCCGAGGUGUGGUGUCCGAUGACGCCCGAGUUCUACCGCGAGUAUCUGCGCGAAAAGAGCCGCAAGAAGAUGCUGCUGUACUGCAUGAACCCGAAAAAGUUCCAGGCAUGCCAGUUCCUCAUCGACUACCACGAGAAUCGCGGCGACAAGAUCAUUGUGUUUUCGGACAACGUGUUUGCGCUCGAGGCGUAUGCGAUGAAGCUCAAGAAGCCGUUCAUCCACGGCGGUACGGCGCACGUGGAGCGCAUGCGCAUCCUGCAAAACUUCCAGCACAAUCCGAUUGUCAACACGAUCUUCCUGUCCAAGGUGGGCGACACGUCGAUCGACCUGCCCGAGGCGACGUGUCUGAUCCAGAUUUCGUCGCACUUUGGCUCGCGCAGGCAGGAGGCGCAGCGUCUGGGACGCAUCCUGCGAGCCAAGCGUCGAAACGACGAGGGCUUCAACGCCUUCUUCUACAGUCUGGUGAGCAAGGAUACGGCCGAGAUGUUCUACUCGACCAAGCGGCAGCAGUUCCUGAUCGACCAGGGCUACGCCUUCCGCGUGAUCACGCAUCUGGUGGGCAUGGAAGACAUGCCGGAGCUGGUGUACAAGAAGCAGUCGGACCAGAUCGAGCUGCUGCAGAGCGUGCUCAUUGCCAACGAGGCAGAUGCCGACCUUGGCUCCGACAUGCACGGCACCGAGUUUGGCGGUGGCGGGGGUGGCGGUGCGCGCAGGGUGGGCGGUGUGGGCGCCUCGGCGAAUGCGGCCAUGCCCAGGGCAGCACGUACGACGGGCUCGCUCAAUGCACUCAGCGGCGCGCAGCACAUGUCGUACAUCGAACGCAACCGCUCGGUCAACAAGACGCUCAACAAGGAGCAGGGCCGUCACAAGCUCUUCCAGAAGCGCGCCGACAAGGCCAAGCGCAAGAACAUGGACGAUUGA